AUGACCGUCAUAUCCACAGGGUCACAAAAGAAGCACAGGGUGCUAAGCCUAGGUGCUACCAAACACCUAGGUGAUGAUUACCUCGCAGAGUUCAAACGUGAAUUUGAUUUCUCGGUACUAGAGAGUUGCCCACGUGGUGAACUGAAGAGCCGACUGGAGGAUGACAUUAAGGAGCAUGGCCCGGUAGAUGCAUUUAUCAUCGGGCCAAAUGGCAUACCAUAUUAUCCUUUCGAUGAAGAGAUUCUCUCGCCACUAGUACCGCAUUGCAGAAUAAUUGCUAGCAUUACCUCCGGUUAUAACAUGUUUGCUAUAGAUUGGACUGUGAAGCAGGGAAUUUGGCUCACAAAUACAGUCAAUUCCGUGGCCGAGCCUACGGCAGAUAUGGCUAUGUUCUUAUUGCUGGCAGUGUUUAGAAAUACAACGAAUGCAGAGCAGAGCGCAAGAGCAGGGACCUGGAGAAAUAAUCUGAAUCCAACCCAUGAUCCAUCUGGGUGCACUUUGGGUAUUGUAGGCCUAGGGACAAUCGGAAAAUAUCUGGCUAAGAAGGCAGCUGCGUUUAAUCUCAAGGUCAUAUAUCAUAAUCGAACUCAGCUGCCUGCCGAAGUUGAGGCUGAGUAUGGAGUAACGUAUUAUGCCUCGUUACACGAUAUGCUUGCGGUCUCUGAUGCCGUCUCCAUCUGCUGUCCGUUGAAUGAACGAACUAGAGGUUUAAUUGGACCAAAGGAGUUCGCGGUGAUGAAAGACGGUGCUUAUCUGGUCAACACUGCUCGAGGACCGAUCGUGGAUGAAAAGAGUCUAAUAGAAGCUCUCGAAAGCGGGAAGAUUGCCAGAGCAGGCCUUGACGUUUUUAACGAAGAGCCGGACUUCAAUCCGUAUUUCAUGACUAGUGACAAGGUCAUAAUCCAGCCACAUCUCGCAGGCCUGACGGAUGUGGCCGUUAGAAGGGCAGGGCGAGAGAGCUUCGAAAAUGUGCGUGCUCUAUUAAAAACGGGAAGGCCAAUCUCGCCUGUGGUUGAUAUCGAAGCUCAAAAUUGA